AUGGACUGCCUUCUGUGUCCGAACUUAAAGCUGUUUACUUUCUUUGUUAAAUUUGGCUUCUGGGAGACCGAUGGUCUUGCUGCUUCCCUUGGCGUUGGGGUAGCAGAUUUAAAUGUCCGUCAAGACUGGUGGUUCCAGGUUCUUCUGCUACUCACUAACUAUUCUCCAUCUUCUACAAAAAAACUUUGGGAUAUUCGUGCGUUGAAGAGGGAAGCUAUAUUCAAAUGGAGGGCGAACAGUAUCCUGAUUUUUGUGCUGUAG